GUAAAGUUAUUGGGGUGUUAUGAAAUCAACAGAUGGCUGAGUGAGAUGCUAAUUGUUAGCUGUCUGCUUAUCUGAGUAGCUGACUAAGCGGCGCUGCUAGUUUUAGAUAAUAUACGAAAUGCUAAAUGGCUUACAGACCGCUAACUUAAGCAGCUGCUUUUCGCUUGGUUGCCGACUGCGGCGCAUACAGGAGAAAAUACUAUCACCGUUGAGGAGAACUUGGAUAUCUGAAAUAGCUUUCUACACUGAAGCAUUGCUGAUUUCUGUCUAGAGUUUGGUACAUCUUAAUGGACAGAGUGACCCUAACUACAUAGGUACAGCCCAGUUUGAUAAAGCCUCUGGUGUCAUCAGCAUGCCUGUGAAGAAGAAGAGAAAGUCCUCAGGCUCUGAUGAAUCUGCUCUCAAAAAGUGUAAAAUUACCAGUUUUUGCAGGACACAGAUUCCCAGCAGACUGAUCAACCCAGAAGACCACUUUUCCAGUAAGAAGUGCCAAUCCUGGUUCUACGAGUAUACGGACACAGAUGAGGUUGUUGGCCCAGAGGGUAUGGAGAAGUUCUGUGAAGACAUUGGUGUGGAGCCAGAAAACAUCAUUAUGUUAGUUUUAGCCUGGAAGCUAGAAGCACAAAAUAUGGGAUUUUUCACAAAAGAAGAGUGGAUUAAAGGCAUGACCUCACUACAGUGCGAUCAGCCUGAGCGCUUACAGGGAAAGCUGGACUACUUGCGCUCCCAGCUGAACGACCCCGUCACAUUCAAGAACAUCUACAGAUACGCCUUCGACUUCGCCCGGGAUAAGAAUCAGCGCAGCCUAGAUAUGGACACAGCAAAGUCAAUGCUAGCUUUAAUUCUCGGAAGGACGUGGCCCCUCUUCCCGGUUUUCCAUCAGUUUCUGGAGCAAUCAAAAUACAAAGUCAUGAACAAGGACCAGUGGUAUAACGUCUUAGAGUUCAGCAGGACCGUGAACACGGACCUCCGGAACUACGACGAGGAUGGAGCGUGGCCGGUGCUAUUGGACGAGUUCGUGGAAUGGCAGAAGGCCCGGCUGGUGGUUUAGCGGGGGCAUGGCAUAGGAAGCGGCGGGUGUGCAGAUGGCAGAUGCCCCCCCCCCCCGACUCCAGCCGGAAUGCUUCACAUCCGCCAUGCAGCCCAUUGGAAAUGGACUUUGACAGUGUUAAUUUAAACUAAAGGGGAUUCAGUUGUGUCUCCAUCUGCACUGGUGGUUAAGUGUCCAGUGUUGAAAGAGGCACUGGGUCUCUGUUAGGGUUUCCUUUGUCUUACCUCAUUUAUAGUUUUCAGAGUAAGAAUAAAAGACUGGAGAUGGUAUGUGACACUGAUUCCUCCACUGCAGGGACGGGAUUGUCAGGAGUCACACAGAGUUCAUGUUGAAUUUCAUCUUUCAGCCACUCAACGACUUUUCCUCUUUAAAUGAGCACAGGAAUGAUUUUUUUGGUCAGUAUUUAUCGGACUCAAAUUAGCUUUUAAUGAAUGAAUCGCUUAUGUUAAACUGCAUCAGUAUUGCCUAAGGAAUACUGCAACGAUUGCAGGUUGUAUGUGAUUUUCAAAAUUUAACAAAUGACAUUGUUCAAGAUGCAGAAAAAUACUAAACUGAAUGGGUGGCCUGAUGGUUUGGUGGGUAGGAAUAUGCCCCACCCCACCCCUGGCUGUGUCUUCUCAUGCCGCUGCCCCCGUGGAGGAUAGAUGAAGAUCUUCUGAAAAAUUAAGUAUAGUGGCAAGAAUAUUAAAAUAGUUUUGCAUAAUCAGCAAUUCAGCAUA